CGUCUGAUCUCAACGCUCAUUGCAGGAAUCGAUAAUGAGUAAUUCGAGAUUCCACGACGCGAGGCUGGAAGUCGGGUCUUUUCUGCUGCGAACCUCCGUCAAGGGAGGUGUUUUAGUGUGCGUCUCCGUUGGAACUGAACGCGCGAACAGUACAGCGGCUGGUCACAUUUUAUUGCUCAACUGAGGCGACACUACCUAGAUGUUAUCAGUCUGCAUUUUACAUGAUUUGGAAUGGGAAUAGUAAGGCAGAAACUUACGUCUUCACUUAAUCUAUUAUCAAAUGGUUCAGUAUAAUUGUGAUCAUAAAUCUGUGAGAAAUGGAUUUGUGUGCGCAAAAUCCGAGGCAGCCAGAAACCUGAAUUCCUUCAACACGCUGCGACUCGUGCAUUCUGCAGAUCACUUAACCGCGCGUGCAUCAGACUUCUUUCCUGUGGGAGCCCUCGGGUCAGCAUUUCCUGUUGCGUUUUGUCCUAAAGAAUUAAUCCUGGGAUUACUGUGCACCUCAGUCUUGACGGCCGUCGCUGGCACAACCUCCUUAAUGCUACUGUGUAUCGUUCACUACUGAUUCUUGUGAACUAUAGAAAUGAUUCAUCAUUCACGUGAAGCAAGAAAUAAUCGUUCCUGGCUGUGGAAAUAAUUGCAGCUUAACAACGUAGGCGCUUCAUGUGGAUUGGUCUGGACAUUCCAAAGUUAUGGGUGAAGUGUUAAAGCAUAAAUUGUUGUACUGUAAUAUUACUUAACCUAUAACAAUACCUUUGUGCUACUCUAACACAAUUAAUUCAAUUUUUCUUACGCAUUGAACUAACUGGAGUAAUUUAUGUACUGUCGAGAAAUUUGCGGGAUUAUGCGAAAUAUAAUUUAAAUAUC